AUGGACUCCCUCAUUGCCCGAGCUGAUGCGCUUGGCCCACCUCGCAAGGGAAAGCAUAAUCUAAAAUCGCAAAACGGAACAAAAAUCAAACCUGAAAAUACCGCUCAUGACCCAACGCUCGCCUCUGUCUCCGCGAACACUCGUGUACCAAAGAGUUUAUCUAAUAACCUAGAUACAGACGUUAAGGAGAGAAAAAAAGCGGCGAGAACGGGGAGAUAUGGUCAUAUACAGGAUCUCAAGCUGCGUGCGCACCUCAGUAAGAUGGACCAAGGCCACAAGGAGUGGCAGGAAAAGAUGAAAGACGUGGAAAUGCUCAACGUCGGCGAGUCUGGAGGUCUCCAAGCGGAGGGAGAACUGGAAAGGACGUGGAAAGUUACGCAGGCGGAGAUUAAAAGCGCUGUGAGCCUUGAAGACGCACAAAGUCGCGCCGAAUGGAAGCUGGACGGUGGUCCGUACGCUUGCCGUUACAGUAGGAAUGGAAGGCAUGUUGCCAUCGCGGGCAGAAAAGGCCAUGUCGCGACCUUUGAUUGGCAAACAGCCACGAUACACGCAGAGUUGCAACUAAAAGAGACGUGCAGAGAUAUCACGUUCCUCCAGGAUCACACCAUGUUUGCAGUCGCUCAGGCAAAAUACGUCUUCAUGUACGAUAUCAACGGUGUCGAGCUCCACCGACUAUCGUCGCAUACUGAACCAACAAGGCUUGAAUAUCUUCCGUACCACUUCCUCCUCACUUCCGUAUCCCAAUCUGGCUUCCUCAAAUAUCAAGACAUCUCUACGGGACAGACGAUUGUCGAGCACCGUACAAAGUUAGGCACCUGUCGAACCAUGUGUCAGAAUCCUUGGAAUGCCGUCAUUCAUCUCGGACAUCAGAACGGGACUGUUACGCUAUGGACACCCAACAGUUCGACGCCUCAUGUCCGCCUUCUUGCUCACAUGGGUGAAGUCACUGGAGUUGCAGUGGAUGGGAGCAGCUCUGGUCGGUAUAUGGCCACCAGUGGCGCAGACGGUCGCGUGAAAGUAUGGGACUGUCGAAACUGGAAAGGCUGCCUGCGACAAUGGAACGUGCGAACGCACCCAACCAGUGGCGUGAGAGGUGCUCAACUUGAUUGGAGUCAGAACGGUAUGCUAGCGGUGGGAUCUGCUAGUGGCGUUAAUAUCUUCAAGCAGCCAGUCAUCACGUCUUACCACGCUCCGCUCGCCAACCCGCCGUUGUACAUGACCCACCCGACUCCUCGCUCCCAUAUUGCCUCCCUUCGAUUCGUUCCACACCGCGAUCUACUAGCCGUAUCUCAUUCAUCUACAUCCACUAGCCCAGGAGCAGUGUCCCACGACCACUUUAUCUCUACCAUUAUCAUCCCAGGAAGUGGGAACCCCAACUACGACACGACAGAGGGCGGCGAUCCAAACGAGGGUGGCAAAGGCAGAAGGGAACGAGAGGUUCGAAGCUUGCUUGAAAAGUUGGAACCAGGCACUAUAACCAUGGACCCAGAAAUGCUGGGUGGGAUGAGGGAGGCGUCGAAAGUGGACGAAACGUUGGUGCACCGGAAACAGUCUCGAUUGCAACGUCUAAAGGAAACUGGCAAGGCGGACGAAAGCGAGGUUCCUGGAGAUGAAGAGGCAGAGGAUGAGGAAAAUGCGUCGGGACCACUAGAUAAGAAACGCAAGAAAAAGAUGAGGGGCAAGGACAGGAGCAUGAAGCGAUAUCUACGCAAGAAAAGGAAGAACGUGAUUGACGUCGCAACGGUUUCCAUCCGAGCUAAACUUGACAAGCAGCGGCAAGAGAUUAAAAAGGCUCGCGAGUCUGCUGCAAAAAAGGCGGCCGGUGAAGACGUUACUGAGAGAAAGUCUGCGCUGGAUCGGUUUAAAGUCUGA